AUGGUCUACUGGGAGCUAGCUGCAUGUAAGAGACCUUAUUCUGGUUACGAAAAUGAUGUUAUUCGUGCAUUUGUUCUUCAUGGCGAUCGUUUAGAGAUACCCAUGAGUACGCCGCCGACAUUUCGUAUGGUGAUCGAACAAUGUUGGUUAAAAAAUCCAAACGAUCGACCGAAUAGCUCUGAGUUAAUCGAAAUGAUUGAAGAAUGUAUUGAAGUUGAAGACGGCUAUAAACAUGGAGCCAAGAAGUUCACAUCCGAUACAUCAUCCAAUGGUACUCGAGACUACCCGCAUGAAGGAAGCGAUAUUCGACUUCAAUCAGAAUCACAUUCCUCAUCAUCACAAUCAGAUUAUGUUUCAAGCACUGCUUGUCGUAAGCAAGAACUGACCCACCCUCCAUAUGAAUCAGGAGAAGAAAAACCAGCAGUGCAUUCCACUGCAGCAUAUUCGUUUUCAUCGAAAAAUAAAAGUGAUACUCGUGACUUAACAAGUUGUUCUAAUUUGAAAUUUUACUCCUUAGUAGAUGCUGAACCAGGUGAACGCAUAACAAAGCUAUCAAACGUGAAUGUUGCUUCGAAAGAAUCUUCAAAACCAAGUUCAUUUCGUUCUUCUUCUCCAUCAGACGAUAAAAAAGGAUCACAUUUGUCUUCAUAUGAAGAUAGCCAUCAUCAAACAACAGGAACAGCUGCGAAACAAACGAAAUCAUCUAAAAGUCCACCAUCUUCAAGAAAGUCGCAUCAAGAUGAACCUAUUACUGUUUAUGUACCUGAUUUGCCAACCAAUAUCGAUAGUAAUUCAUUACUGGAAAAAAUGAUUCGUCAAUGUUUAGAACUUAAACAUAAACAAAAAGUACUCAAUAUUAAGUGUGAUACACAAUUAGGCAUCGGCAUUAUCUAUUUGCGUGAUGAUGAAGAUAAAAAUAAUUUAAUUAAUACCAUCGAGAAAAUUAUAAUUGAACCAUCCCAAAAUGCAACCAUAUCAUUUGUUGAUGAGCUUGAACUUAUCUCAUAUAUUGUCAUCGAUGAAAAGGAUAUCAAAGAACUUCCAUCAGCUCAUGCCGUAUGCCGACAAUGGGUUGAUCUAUAUAAAGUACAAUCCCAACCACGAUGUGAACUAUUAUCUGUUCAAUUUCCAAACAUCUUUCGAAUAGUGACACAUUCAUUAAGUGAACUACUCACAGCUUUAUCAGUUAGAGAGUUCUCAAUCAAAAAUCGUUCUGCAACUGUCUAUUUUCGAGCUACUUGCUCUUUCUUUGAAGAUUUACCAAGAACGACAAAUUUGGAUCGAUUGAAAGAAGCUAUUGGUAGUCAAAUCUCUAGUAAAUACAUGUCAAAAAAGUCAGUAUAUAUUCAGUAUAACAAAGAAGGUGCCAAUGCUGUUGUAGUAACAUCAGGUAGAGCUCGUAUAUGGGCACUACAUAGUUCGAUUUUAUUAGAUGGACAAGUUUUUAUGAAGAAGGAUAGUCUUUCGUAUCGCCUCUUGGUACGAUCCGUGCCUAAAGACAUAUCGCCAUCACUCAUCCAAAAUCAUGAAAUGUUUGCUAAAGCUGUAGUUAAAGCAUGGCCCAGUAACGAACAUGUAAUUCUCGAACUUUCUGAUAGAGAUGUUUAUGAGAAAUGUAUUGUUAAAGGUGCUUUACGUAUUGAUGAUCAUGUAUUGGGUAUUGAAGCUUAUACAUAUUCAAGCUAUCCUGAAGAUAGUGAAAUUGAUGGUGAAAAUUGGUAUGACACAGAAAUGUGCAAUUAUAAGCCAGAUAUAAUGCCAUUUAUUUCUAAUCCUCAACAUCCUAUAUUUCGAUUUAAAUGGAAUUCAAAGGCAUUUUUAGAACAAUAUCGUCGUUGGAUAUCGAAUGGCUGUAAUAUUGACGAGAAAGAUUCGGACAAAUAUGAGACAUCAUGCAACCACAAAUGUCGUCUAUUACAAAUGACAGUAAUGUUAAAUACGAUUGGUGUAGUAAAAAGAGGUUUUUACCAUAUCGGCAAAAAAGAAAUCAAAUUAAAACCGGAUCGAUUAAAAACCAUUCUCUACGAUCAUAAGUCAAAAUUGCAACGUGGUCAGACAACUUCAUUGUCCCAUGCAAUAGAGUUUCCCUAUGCAUCGACAUCAGUUAAAGUAGUCAAUAAAGAUUGCUUGAUUGUUUACAAGAGUUUAUUAAACCAAGGCUGUCGACCAGUUGUUCUCAAUAUGGUCAAUGCAAACAGUCUUGGUGGCUACAAACGAGGUGAUGGAGCUCAAGAAGAGACACUUUUUCGGCGUUCGAAUUAUUUUCAAAGUCUCGAUCUUGAAUUAGAUGAUGGGAAACCAACAGCUCGCUUCUACUGUAACUCAAAUUGUGAACUAGAACCUUUAGCCAAAGGCGAUGUACUAUAUCCAAUGGAUGAGUUUGGGGCAAUUUAUACAUCAGGAUUGACAGUUUUUCGGCAACCUGAAGAUACUGGCUAUGCUUUCAUGGAAACACCUAUGUGCGAUGUAUGUGCUAUUGCAAUGGCUGCCUAUCGAGAUCCGAAAAUUGAGAAUGAUCUGCUCACUUCAAAAUAUUCUAUUGGUACACGAAAAAAAAUUGAAAAUAUAUUUGCUAUUGCACAUCAUCAAAAACAUGAUAGUCUUGUUCUAUCUGCUCUUGGUUGUGAUGCGUUUAGAAAUCCACCAAGGCACGUUGCAGCAAUAUUUAAAUCAGUUAUUGAACAAUAUGCUGGAUAUUUUAAAUAUAUCUACUUUGCUAUUGCUGACGAUCAUAGUACAGACCAGUACCUGAAUUCAUUUGGAAACUUUCUUUCUUUUCAACAAUUACUCGAUCAUUUAGAGGAGAAACCAAAACGGCAUAAGCUUGUCGACAUGAUGAUUGGACCUUGGCGAAUUUUAAAUCAAAAAACUAUCAAAGAAGUAACAUUAAGUGAUAUUAGAAUUUGUUAUUUGGAGCCAUGCCUUUAUGGAGGACAUUGUAAUGACUUGCAAAAUGAACAGCAUUCUCGUGAAUAUUCACACCCACCCUUAUGCCCGUAUGCAGAUAAUACACCACCGUGUAAACAGAAAAAUGAUAGCCAACAUACGCUUUGGUUCAGGCAUCGUUACAAGUGUUUGUACGGUGGUGAAUGUGAAUUAGUUGAAAAUGAUCUAGUGCACACAAACCAAUUUGAACAUCCUGAAUUUUGCUGUGAUGGUGGUCGUUGUGAAAACAUGGAUAAUGAACAUCUUAAAGUUUAUCGGCACGUACCACUAUGUAAAUAUCGUCGUCAAUGUGUUGAAUAUAAUCGUGGAUCAAAUGAUCACUGUCUAAGCUUUCGUCAUUGUAUACCGAUGAGUCGUUGCGAUCAUUCUAGUUUAGGACUUCAUGAUGAAAAACCUAUAAGUGAAGAAAGGCAUUCGUUUCAGCCACCAUGCUCAUUUACCCCAUUCAAUCGUCGACAAUAUGACAACUUAUGUGAAGCAAAAAAUAUCAAAAAAUUAUCAAACAAUGUUCAAAAUCAUCAAAAAAAAUAUUCACACGAUGAACAAGUACAAAUGUCGCGUGAUAAUAUACAUGAAUCAUCUCCUAAAUCGUUAUGGAAACUUCAUUCUGAAUAUCAAAAAUUAGAAUACGAUAGUGAAAGUAGAAGUGAUCAACGAACUAUAUGUCGACAUGGAUCUAAAUGCCGUGAUCAAAAUGAUCCCCAUCAUUAUUCAAAAUAUUCACAUCCUCGUCAACACAAAUCUGAAUCUUUAGCUAGCUGCAGCGAUGAGCGAAUCCCUUGUCGUCAUGGACGCGACUGCCAUGACAAAGACAAUCAUAAACAUUAAAGACUUUGCUGCACAAUUAAUGAAACACACUAUUUUGAUUCAAUUUAUCAUAUUCUGAUAAAUUAUAUUCGUGGUGUUGUCUGUGUGGUUGGUUUAUUUGAUAAUAAACAUUUAUUUGAACUUGAUCAAUUUAUUAUUAUUGUUGUUUGUCACUGUUGGUUUUUAUUUAAAUUCAAUAUUAUUUUAUUGAACAAGAUAUAUAAAAUGAGUAAAACAACAAGUCUUAUUGGUAAAGAAAGUUUGAAAAAUCUUGAUGCAAGUCAUGAAGCAUAUGCAGACAAUGAUGGAGUUUUUCAUUGCAUAUUAAAUAAAAAUGAUAGUGAUAAUCAAUUGAUGACGCAUAGAAUGCAUACACUGGUAUUAAAUGAAGCACCUCAAUAUUGCUUGUUAUUAUAUAAACCAGAUGGACAAUCAAUUAUAGAAACUUCUGAUUCAAAUAUUGAUUUAGUUAAGUCAAAGUUCUAUUCUUUAUUCAACGAAUUAACUGAAAAUUAUUGGAGCUUACGUAAAAAAUUCGUUAAAACUUCCGACCAUUAUGUUUAUACAAUUCCAACUGAUUUGAAUUCAUCGAAUGAUUUAAAUGCAUACAAAUAUACAAAAGGUUUUGAACUUUUAACCAUUGAUAAUAAGUCUAUUUCAAUUGGAUAUUUGAUUGAAGAAUCAUCUUCAAAUAACAAUUAUGAAAUGCACAAUUGUUCAACGUUAACUGGUUCGAGUGGUGCUGUUAUAGUGAAUUCAAUAGGACGAUUUAUAGGCAUUCAUAUAGAAAUUGCCAAUUCAAGAAUUUCAAGGAAAAAUGAAUUUUUUGAUACUCAAGACACGUUUAACAAGUUUAUUCACGUUCAUUCAACACCAUUUAAGACAUUUAUUCAUGAAGCUAUUAUCCCAAACAUUAACAAUGAUCAAUUAGAACAAAAAUGGGAAUUUGUUUGA